AAAAGUAGCUGAGUCAGCUUCUUGAUUGAAAAUGACAAACGUAGCUCCUGCUCCUUCUGCUCAGUCUGGGCCUCCCUCUUACAAUCAAGGUGGAAAGAUAGAUCCUCAACAGCCAGCAGUGGCCAUGAUGGCUGGCCAGCCGGUUCCAAUGAUGAUAAUGCAACCAUAUCAACCAGCAAUGGCUCCUUAUCCUUACAUGAUGCCUCCCGUCAGACCUGAGCUACCCCCAGAGUUCAUUCCUAAUGAUUAUGUGAUCCCUACUGUCAUCAUCUUUGCUCUCUGCUGUGGUUUGAAUCUCUUAGGCCUCAUGUUUGCUGGGCCAGCUCUUGCCUUUUCUAUAAUGUCUUUUAUGCAGAAAUCUAAUGGUGUACCAUUUUACCCUCAAGCCAAGCAAUAUGGAAAAGUUGCUCUUAUUUUGGACAUCAUUGCAGUUUUAUGGGUUGUUGUCUGUGCUGUUGCUAUAGCUGGUCCAAUAAUGGGAGUUUACUUGAGUUAUUAAUACAAUUAUUGAUUAACCUCACAUAUCAGUUGUAUACAGUCAAACUUUAUUACCAUAACCUUUUAAUGUCAUGUUCUUCCAUAUAUAAUAUAAUAUGCACAUGCAGCUUUUUAACAUUGAAAUAUUGGCAUUAGCAUGGCCUUGGACUCUC